AUGUAUCCUACCUGCCGCGGUCAGCUAGUAUGUAUUACGCAUGUCCGGAAACUUCGUGCUGCAUUGUGGGUGGGAGCUGCAGGACAUUGUUGGAGCUGCUGCAGACAAUGGAAGAUGCUGCAGGCCUGGAUUUCUCCAGCAUUUUUAAAAAAAAAUAACAGUCAGGUUUCCCUUUUUCCUGAAUGCAGUGUCAAUCUGCAACCAGAUUUCAGGACAGGAGGAGGCCUGACAGCGACUGACCGGCAGCCAGAGGGGGAGGCUGCGGAAGGCGGGCUCCCUGCAGCCGGGCCAGCUAAGAAGCCCAGGCAGUACGGCCAGAAGCGCUUCAUCUGCAGCGAGUGCGGCAAGAGCUUCAAGCAGUACUGCGACCUGAAGAGGCACGGCCGGGUGCACACAGGCGAGAGGCCGUUCCACUGCCCGGCGUGUGGCAAGCGCUUCAGCACCUCGUACAACCUGCUGAUCCACCGGCUGGUGCACAGCGGCGAGAAGCAGUACAAGUGCCGGCUGUGCGGCCGAGAGUUUGUGCAGCUGCACCACCUGGUCACCCACCAGCGCACCCACACCGGCGAGAAGCCGUACCCGUGCCCGGUGUGCGGCAAGGCCUUCCGCCAGUCCUCCACCAUGGCGGUGCACCGGCGCAUCCACGGCGAGGAGCGGCCUUACCGCUGCCCGGACUGCGGCAAGAGCUUCAAGACCUCCUCCAACCUGUCCAAGCACCGGCGCAUCCACGGCGGGGAGCGGCGCUUCGCCUGCGAGGCGUGCGGCCGCCGCUUCCUGCACUCGCACCACUUGGCCACGCACCGGCGCACUCACGCCGGGGAGGCGGACUCCUCCUCGCCGUCCUGCCGCUGCUGCCCGACCUGCGGCCAGAGCUUCUCCAACCCGGGCCGCCUGCUGGCGCACCACCGGCGGGCCCACACGGGCGAGCCGCCCUACCGCUGCGAGACCUGCGGCCGCGGCUUCAAGCAGAACUCCACCCUGGUGCGGCACCGGCGCACCCACACCGGCGAGAGGCCGUACAGCUGCCCGAUCUGCGCCAAGGCUUUCCGCCAGACCUCCACCAUGCAGGUCCACUACCGCACGCACUCCGAGGACCGGCCCUACCGCUGCCUGCAGUGCGGCAAGGGCUUCAAGAGCGCGUCCAACCUGAUCGGCCACCACCGUGUCCACAGAAGCUAGAGAGCUCGGCACCACUCACCCAGAGUCCAGCCAUCCCAUUGCGGGCAAUACAUAUCAUUGCAAAAAUCUAACUUCCCCACAGCUCCCAUACCAAGCAGUUCACUUCGGACAAUGCAUAACGUGAUUGGUAAAAACAAGAUGCUGGAAACCAGAGUCUAGAUUAGAGUGGCGCUGGAAAAGCACAGCAGGUCAGGCAGCAUCCGAGGAGCAGGAAAAUCGACGUUUUCAUGAUG